AAGUUUAAAUAAAUUGCCAAAAGCCGUUUCUUCCAGUAGCAAAUAAUCCAGGCUCGCGGGGACAGCAGAUAGCGGGUCACGACGGGUCGACGGUCGCCGCCUAAAUCCUUCGGCCGCCACCUGGCACCUUCACUCCUCAUUCUGCGAUUCUCUACUCACCCUUCAAUAUUCACUCUUCUUCAGGCAGGAAGGGAAGCUCCUUAGUCAUAGUGCAGUGAGGCGGGCUGAGGAAGUUCUUGUAAACAAUUGAUUGAAUCCGAAACUGAAAAGCCCAAAUCUUCGUAGAGAAUGAGGCGAAGGCCGGGAAUCGGAGGGCUACAGAAUGCAGCCACGGCUAGGGACCAAUACCGAUUGCUUGGUGAAAAUGUGGCCAAACUGAGAACUGAUCUUAUGAAAGAGCAGCUUAGUACUUUUCGCUCUAUGCUUGAAGACUUUGCUCGUAAACACAAGAAUGAUAUUCGUAAGAAUCCUGCAUUCAGAUCACAAUUUCAUGAGAUGUGUGCUAAAGUAGGAGUUGAUCCUCUUGCCUCAAACAAGGGUUUCUGGGCAGAGCUCCUAGGAAUUGGCGACUUUUACUAUGAAAUUGGGGUACAAAUUAUUGACAUUUGUUUGGCUACAAGGCCUCACAAUGGAGGGUUGAUCGGUUUGGAAGAGCUAUGUAAAAUUCUUGCUCAAAGACGAAAGAGUGCUCGUGAGAAUGUGUCUGAGGAUGACUGUUUGCGUGCUAUAAGCAAGCUGAAGGUACUGGGUAAUGGUUUUGAGGUGAUUUCAGUUGGAAAAAGAAAGCUUGUCCGCUCUGUCCCUACUGAAUUAAACAAGGAUCACAAUGAAAUUUUAGAGUUGGCCCAGGCUCAAGGCUUUGUGACUGUUGAAGAGGUACAAAGGCGGUUGAACUGGUCCCUUGGCCGUUCUACUGAUGCUCUUGAGACACUGUUAGAGGAAGGUCUUGCUAUGAUUGAUGAUGGACACCGUGAUGGCAGACGACGAUAUUGGUUUCCGUGUGUAUCUUCCAUCUCUACUUUUUUAGGAACUGAUUCAGCUUCAGGAACAAUGCACUUAUGAUUCGUGUAUUUUUCAUAUGUAAAAAAUAUACUCAUGUCCACACAAUAAUGAGUGAAAACUUUAUCAACCCGUCUUCUUCCAUCGAGCAAGUAUGUACUACUAGUAGGUAUGUGCUAGAAAAUUAUGAAUUAGGCUGUUUCAGAACGUGGAAUCUACAAUUUGUAUUGCUGAUUAUUCACUUUGGGAAAUAAAUCGUGUGUGAUUUAUACUGAAAAUAUAUUUGAUUACAAUACAUUACUGCAUUCCAUUACUGUUUAUCAAA